AUGGCCAUUUCGACCGAGGUUCUCGCAAUUCCCAGACCGUCUACCGCGCUCGAUUCCACUAACAGCUCAGUAUCGACCACUGCGUCUGAAGUAGAGCUUGAGAUUAGCCAUCCUUCUCCAAGCCUAAGUAUCAACAAUACAGCUAAUGAAGCACUAGACGACCUAGCUGACCUCCCACCUCUCCCCUCUCUAACCCACGAUGAAAUCGAAGAUCUAGAUCCAACAUAUCCAGACUACCGCGCAACAAUCCAUUACUACACCCUCUCCCCCAGCGGCACACUAACCCAAGAAACGCACCCCACCCCCGUAUCCCGUACAUCUGUCCUCCUCUCCCUAGAAUACUUCUACACUCUGCGCGAACACCUAACCGCUAGCAUAUCCAUCUUGGAAACGUACCCAGGGACUUCGCUGGUAGGUGUAAACGACACAGAGGCGACCCCUUCAAACGUCCCGUGGGAAGACACUGUCACCGGCGUAGUAGCCCCCAAUGCACACACCCAAAGCGACUCGCGCAGAGACUCCAGAUCCGAGCGCGAAGCCUUGGAUACUACAAUACGCAAGUCUCCUUCCUUCACGGAGUUGGAAAGAGUCCAGAAUGAGUUUGCCAUGCACCACAUCGCCAUUAACGAAAACCUCCGCGCUGCGAAUAGUGGCUGGGCGUGUCAGUCUUUUGGCCUACCGGAUCCCAUGGGCGCGGCGAGUGAUAUUAGACAUGAUAGGAACUAUUUCGCGCAUAUAUUCCCUACCCCGACUGGUAAGGGUAUUCAGUUCGAGUGGGCGGUUAAGAGAAAGGCGGAAGAGUAUGGGAAACUGUUGGGGUUUGUGGAGGACGGUAUUUGUGUUCUUCAGGCUCAGCUGGAUGAUCCGGGGAUAUGGGUUUCGUUGGAGAGUAUAGAGAGGGAGAGGGUGGAGAGGGAGGCGCGGGAAGAGGAGGAGAGGCUGGGUAGGGAGGGUGCGGAGCAGGACGACGAUGAAGAGGGUGUGUACGAGCAAGAAGACGAUGUGGAGUGCAUAGAGCCGACACAGUCGACGUUCUCGCGUGUUUUCAACGGCCUGGGCGGCAACGCAGUCGCCCGGUAUUGCUUUCUUUUCGGCGUCGUGCGUAACGCUGGGUCGAGAUUGUGGGCCUGGUUGGGUGAGAUGUUGGAGGAGGCUGACGCUGUUGCUCUACGCAGGGCUGGAGAAGGGGUACCUGGGGAUUGUGGAGAAGGAGAUGACUGGGCGAGUCGAGAGGACAGGAUUGGAGAUGACGAGUGCAGGAGUCAAGAGUACAAGACCGAAGACGGCGACUGCAGGAGUCAAGAGUACGAGGUUGGAGAUGACGAGUGCCAUGGAAGUCGUACGCUAGACGCGCAACCGUCACGGCCGGAUAGCGGCUGGGGUGACCCGCAAUGGUAG